ACAUUUUUUCCGCUGGAAUCAGUGCGUCGAAAACGUUUUAUCCUGCUCCUGCUAUACUCUCGCUUCAGAAACGACCAUCACCGCCGUAACUCGUGCGAAUUUUCUGAUUCAAAUGAUCCGGGCCAAGUUUGUCGUCGAUGCAGUUUCUCGGCUUUCCUAAACGCGAGACGUACCAUCGCAGAGUUGGCCCCUUUCGGCGAUUUGUGAUGUGUGUGAUUGGGUUCGGGCUUGAGUUAUGCCUCAAAAUAUCAAUAAGAAGAGACCCCCAAGCUUCGAUCGAUAUGUUUAUCGGAGAAAAAUUGUUCCUCGAGGGUCGCAGAUGACUGCAUCGAAUCUGAGACAUUGGCUAAGUCGCGGAGAACUCGAUAAAUUGGAAAAUGUUGUCCUCGAAGGAAGGGGAACACGACUGCUGGGUGAAAGUUCACCCGACCUCAGAACGAGAGUAUUUUUAAAAGGGCUACCGAGUUACUUGACAAAAAUAUCUCAGAUUCACGAUGCUGUUGUUCGUGGAUCGCUAUCUGAAGUUCAAAGACUGGUCGAUGGGGAGCCAAAAAAGAAGCUCGUCAUUGCCAAGGAUUCUGCCGGUACACCGUUAAUUCAUAAGGCUGUUUACUAUGACCAUCAGAACGUCCUCGAAUGGAUCAUUGAAAAUUAUCCUGCGACGGUCGAACAAAGAGAUCGGGAGGGCAGAACGGCUUUACACUACUGCGCGGCCUGUCGCGAUUCCGAAGUCGUCUGGGAUCUGCUGGUCGACGCGGGCUGCGACUCGAGCAUCUGCGACAGGCGCAACAAUCCGGCCGCUUACUACCUGCAGCACGGCUCGGAAAUCGAGCUACCCGAUCCCGAGAGGAUGCCCAGCAAGAGGCUACGCUUCAAGGACAACUCCAAGUGGGCCGGCACUCUCGACAUUAAACCGUCGAACAUAAGAAUAUGGAUUCACAAUCGCGACAUUGGAAAGCUGCAGCACGUGCUUUGGGAAGGUCAUGGAGCCAAAUUGCGUUGCGAAACGAGCAAUAACGUCCGUGUUCGUCGUUUCCUCGAAGCUGUUCCCUUCAUUCAGGGUACCAUCAAAGAUCUUCACGCGGCUGUAAUAAAAAAUGACAUUGAUGGCUUUCGAAAAAAACUAGAUGAGCCAGUCUCACCGAUAAUAUUGUGUGCUAAAGAUACGAACGGGCUCAACGUUCUCCAUAAGGCUGCUGGUCUGGGUUACUUGGAGCUGGCUAAGGAAAUUCUAGAUAGAUACCCAUCGAUCGUAAAUGCUCAGGACGUUGACGGCAGAACACCGUUGCAUUAUGCAGCCGUUUGCAGAGAUGGUGGCGUGAUGUAUGAUCUUCUCGUGGAAUAUGGAGCCGACGAAAAUAAAAUUGAUAACAAACAUAAAACAGCUGGCUCGUACAAGAACCGUCCAGCUGAUUUGGACAUGUCCAACUUGGUCAUGGUGCCCGAAGCUCCGCGCUCAUCAGGUACAGGGCCGAAAAAUUUCGAUUGGCGUCUUAUCGAGCAGACGCACAUUCAAUUGCCAAGCGGUCGAUUGAAGCAUUCGACCAGUCACAAUAACAAUACAGAAGAGGAUAGCGCGUUCGGUAGCGCCGAGUCGGCCAAAAUUACCGACGAACUCAUCACUCCGGAGAUUGAAACUCCAGACGACGAUAAGGAAAAUUCCAACUUGGAAGAAUCUGAGGAAGGAGUAAAAAACAAAACUCAUGUAGAAGAAGAAGAGGAAGAAAAAGAAGAAGAAGAAGUGGCUGAUACUGAUCCGGCUAGUGAUAAUAACAAUAACGAAACAGAAAGUAAUGAAAAUAACGAAAAUGCCGAACCUGCUACAGAUAAUUUAGAAGAAGAAAAAUCUCCCGAUGAAAAUGAAUUCAACGAGGCAACUGAGGAAGGUGAAGAGGUUGCAGAAGCUGUCGGAAGCGAAGAAGUGGAAGAUCAAGAUGAAGAAUUAGUUAUCGGUGAAGAGGAGGCUUUAGCUGUUGAAGAAGAACAAACAGGAGAUAUUAAAGAUAAGGAUGUUGAAGACGAGGGGCAAACAACAGAAAAUGAAGCUGAAAAUAAUGAUGAAGGGUCUGCUGAAGAAGAGGCUGCUAAAGAAGAAGCUGCUGAAGAAGGGGCCGGUGAAGAGGGGGCUGCUGAAGAGGGGACUGCUGAAGAGGGGACGGCUGAAGAGGAGACCACCGAAAAAAAUGAAGAAUCAAAUGCAGAACAAAGUGUUAACGAAGGUAACGAAGAAAAUGAGCAAGUUGAUAUACAAGUUAAUAAAAAUAAUGAUGAGGAAGAGAUUACUCAUCAAAAUGGAGAGGAGGAAGAGAUUAAUUCUCAAGGCGAAGAGCAAGCGAUAGCUUCUCAAGAUGAAGCAGUUGAAAUAAAUUCUGAAAAUGUUUCAAAUGAGCCUGUAUCUGUCAUAGAUAAUGACGGAGAACACUCUUCUCCGCCAGAUGAAAACGUAGAUCAAGUCGAAAAUUCUGAUGCUAAUGUUCCAGAAGGCGAUAAUCAAACUGCAAAAGCUGAUGAAAAACCAGCUGAAAAUGAAGAACAAAAAGAAACUGAGGAAGAAGCUACUGAUUCUGGCGUUGCUAAUACACCAAACAACGAGGAGCAGAGUGCCGUAGAGGAAAAACAAGAGGAAGAGGAUAAUCAGCGCGAAGAAACCGCCGAAACCGAAGAUGCCGCGGACGAAGAGACCGAGGAACUUUUGGAAAACGGCACGAUGGAGCAGCUAGCGGCAAUAGUUUUGACUGGCGAGGGCCAUCGACUCAUCGGCAGACAGUCGAGCAACCCCGAGCUGCAAGCCUUCAUCGACAAUGUUCCUGCUUACAUGGCCAAAAUUGCCGCGGUUCAUAAAGCAUCUAGAGAAGGAAAUCUCAAAGAUUUACAAAUAUCUCUGGACAGGCGUAAAUUUGCUAUUGCUAAAGAUCCAUCAUCUCCUCAUGGAGCCACCCCUCUUCACGUUGCUGUUAUAUUUGGUCAUACACCUAUUGUCAGAUAUCUGGCGGGAAGGUUUCCCGAGACUGCUCAUGCUCUCGAUCUCGAUGGUCGGACUCCAUUGCAUUAUGCCGCCACUUUAGCGGAUAAUGGCCAUUAUUAUAAUUUGCUGCUGCAUUUAGGCGCUAAUCCAUUAGUACAGGAUAACUUUGGCCAAAAAGCUGAUUUUUAUAAGGAGAAUCAAGAUGACUUGUCUCACAAACAAUUGCUUCGCGAUUUUGGCGCCAAAGAAUCGCUCGCCGACGAAAUGCUUGUCGACAAAGUGAAAGGUGUCAACGGCCAGGGCGACAAGUCAUCGGCCCGUCGCGACGUGAGCGAGCUCGAGACCCUGGUGACGCUGGAGCGCUGCUUCCGUCUGCUGACCAGCAGCGGCGGUGGCGGCUUGGGUGGAGGAGGAGGAGGCCAGAGCUCCUCGGCCCAGAGGCGCAGCUCGGUGCCGACGACGCCCAGCGGCGGCAGCGGGAGCACCAGCGGCAGCAUCUCGAAAGCCGGUACGCUACUAGGCCGUUGUUUGAGACGUUCGGUCUUCGAAGCGAUCAAGCACCGCGUUACCUGCAUGGAUCACAAUCUAUUUGACGUCAUUUGGCCCGCUUUGAAAAAGUACAGCAACGCCUACGCCAGCAGCAGCAACAGCCUCGAACAGACUGCCAAUUCGAACGUGCGCGAACGGAGAAUGUCAGCCACGUCGUACGACGAAGAUUUCACGGGUAACGUCGUGGCGCCGGACUUCGAGAGCUACGUAGUGUUCGCGGAGCUGCUGGACCCGCUGAUACGCGACCUGCACUGCGUGACGGUGACGGGCGAGCUGCCGAACCAGCCCAAGUCGCGCUUCUUCCAGGAGGACGAGUCGGCCCAGCAGCAGCUCCAGCAGCGCUCGUCCUUCAUCCAGGCGAGCCGCGCCGGCGAGAAGAGCCUCCAGGACACGAUCGAUUACCUGGAGGCGCGCGACAUCGACCCGAGCGGCAAGUACGUGAUGGCCGGCGUGGUCGAGUGCACGCGCAACCUGGCCGAUCACCAGCUGCCCCUGACGAUGCGCAUCAAGGAGCUCGAGGACACCGAGCGCAUCGUCACCGGCGCCCUCAUGGCCAACGAACUGAGCAACAUCCUGGCCGAGGGCUCGAGCGAGGACGAGGCUGGCACCUACUACACCCUCAGCGAGCUCCUCGACCCGUACAACGAGGUGAGGGGCCGUCUUGCGGCCACGGGCCUGCUCCUGCCCAUCACCGAGACGGAGAACAGCGACGAGCGCAGACUGCACGGCAAGCACUGGCCCUACGGCCGAGGCGUCUACGUCACGUCGGCCUGCGACCUGGCCGUCUGGAUAAACGUGCAGGAUCAUCUGAGGAUCAUCAGCUGCAGCAGCGAGUCGAGGCCGGCCCACAUGGGACGAGCUUACGUGCGUCUGGCCCGGGUCGUCUGCGUGCUCGAUCGCAACUUCAACUUCAAGCAGCACCGGAAGCUCGGCUUCUUGACCUCGAGGCCGUGCGCCCUGGGCAACACGCUGCGCUUCGACAUAAUCGUCAAACUGCCGGGCCUGUCCAAGGACCCUGAAGAGCUGAAGCAGCUCUGCGUCGUUCGGGGCCUCAGAAUCCAUCCGACCCUGCGCAAAGACACGGUUCGACUGGGCAAUCAGCAGAGCCUGUCGAUCGGAGAGCUGCAGACGUACCAGGACUUCGAGCGGGCCGUCAUAAAUAUCCUGAUGUUGGAGAAGGAGCUAGCUCUGAACAGCUCGACCAGCAUAGCCACCGUCAUUGCCAAUCUGUUCAAGCGGCGACGCACGUCUGGCGCGAGGAGCGUCAGGCCCUGAUACGCGUCCUACGCCCUCGACGAGCGCACCGCCAACUCCUUUGCCACCGACUCGUUUUUUCUCUAUUAAGACUGACUUUUCAUUCGACGGAGAGAAUCUCGUUCGAUUUGCACGUUUCUCUGUCGUUGCAGCGUCCGCAUAUAUCGAUUGUCCUAUAUGCGGCUCUCGCUCUGAGUCUACGUACAUUAUAUCAAUAUUUUCCAAG